AUGGUUGCGCCAGCUGUUCCUGAACUUACCGAAGAGCUUGUUCAUGAAUCCAUCGAUGCGCGAUCUGAAGUUCUAGCAGCUCUACGAGAAUUGGGCCCGCCAGAUUUGGUCCAAUUGAUAAAACAAGCCCCGAGAAACCCAGUAAAGCAGAUUGGCGUGUAUCAUCAUGUCACCGGCGUUGACGCAUCAUCAUCGGCAAGUUUAGCUGCGUAUAUCAACACCCUUACCUAUAAAGAAAAUCAUCAAUCUACGACAAAGAUAGUGGAGGGUGUAUAUUGUUGUUACAAUGCAUUUUCUCGGUUGGAUAUGCGCGUUCAUGUCACAAUCCCAGGAAGCGUCGAAAGCUACUGCGUCGAUGAACGAGGCGAUAAGAGAACGACCACGGAUGAGUUAUGGCUGGAAACAUACUUGUGUAGCGUUCUUCGGGCAUAUUCUUAUGCUGAUGACGGAAGUGGGGACACGAUUCGAAAGAUAAUGGGUGUUAGGAGAUUUAACCCUGUGACGACAACGGAGACAGAACAUAGGUUCCUUCAGGCUGCCGAACAAUUAUUUUUCAGAGGUAUCCCAUCUCUCGUUAAGCAAAAAACAAUGCUGACUGCUAUAGGUUGGCAACUCGGAUCCGACUCGAUCGUUCAGGUUCCAAACAACGUCUCGAAUCAUUUAACAACAGGUCUUCUAAAGUACUUUCAAACUACUGGAAGAUAUGCCUCUGGAAUUAACCUAUUCGAGAAGCUACGAACCAGAAAUAUUGAGGUUUCUUCUCUCUUAGCCAAGGUCCUGUUUAUGGGCAACGAGGAGGUGCAAGCUGUCAGGGUAUUACAUGAAUCUGUGAAGCAAUCACCAAUGGAUUAUGUUAUGCUUGAUACCCAAGCAGAAUUUUUGAAGAAGAAAGCAAUGGACAUAAAUAAGCCAGAAUUCAAAACUGAAAGGUUGCAAAUGGCUCUUGGCUGUGCCGAUAGAAGUACUAUUGCUGCGCCAAGCGAGUUUGGCACAUGGGCACGCUUAGCUGAAGUUUAUGUUGCGAUGGAAGAUUGGGAAAACGCUCUUACAACCCUCAAUUCAUGCCCUAUGUUCACGUAUCAAGACAAGGAUGCUCCUAACAUGCCGGAGCCUAAGGAGAUCCACCUCCCCACCCUUCCCGAGACUAGGUUAGAUGAGAUCGAUAGUGAACCGGAGUCAAGGUUAUCGGAACAGGUUCAUCCAAGUCUUCAAAAUCUACGUGCGGCCAUGUACAAAGGUACUUUCAAACACGCUUAUAGUAUAUUGACGGAAAUGACAGCUAAGAUUGGCUGGGAUCAACUUCUCAAGAUCAGGAGUAAUGUAUUUGUCAUGGAAGAGGAGUAUAGAAGUGAGAAACAACCACCAGUUGGUCAACAAGGUGAACCCACUAAGCGCAGUGCAAGCACCGACGUACUGAGAGGAAGUCCAGGUCCUCGUGUAAAUGGCGAUGACCAUUCCGACGAUGAAAAGAGUACGAACGGCGAUUCGGCAGCCCUUAAACCAAAUGCUGAGGAUGGUAGCGGAGCGGAUGACUCUGUAGAGAAGCCCUCGCACACAGUUGCGGCAGAAGAAGUCAAGAGCGGUAACGAAGAUAACGAGACUACCGAAGAACAGCUUUCCCGGUUCAAUAACAAGCGCCUUUGUGAGCGGUGGCUGGACAGUCUUUUCAUGGUUCUCUAUGAAGACCUUCGUAUCUAUACCAUAUGGAGAACUGAAAUGGCGCAGUACCGUGCACAACAAAUGCAAUACAAAAAGUCAGCCGAAGAAUGGGAAAUCCUCGGCUCGUUGGCUGAUAGGCUUCAUCACCAACCAGAAGCUGUGGAAGCUUAUCGUAAUUGUCUUCAAAUACGUUUCUCUCCCAAAGCAUUGGCGGGCAUUCUUGCUGAACUGGAGAAGAACAAGAAUACUCGAGACACAGUUGCUAGUGUCAUCAGGCUUGUCACUUGGCAAUAUAGAUGGUACUCGGAGUUUUCUCCAGAGUUGCUAUACACGAUACGCACACUCAUAGAAGAUGAAGGUGCCGUGAAGGUUAGGAGUAUCAUUCAAGCAACAAGCUUACCACAAAACGUCUUGGACUUGACACACCACUACGCAGCACUUUGUGCGGCAUUUAGAAGUAGUGGUACCGAAGGAUAA